AUUUCAACCUCAUUUGUUCUUGUUCUUCGUCAUCGAUCUGCGCCUGCGAUUAUCUCUCAUCGCUCUCCUUCCAAAAUCCCCUCAUCUCCUCGAUUUAAUUUCUCUCCGAUCAUGUUGACUGAAACUCCAUUUAGGCCACGAGAGAAGCUUCUUGAGAAGCAGAGAUUGUUCCAGAGCAUCCAAAGGCACACCUAUUUGAAAGGACCAAUGGACAAGGUCACCUCCGUUGCAAUUCCUCUUGCCUUGGCUGCAAGUUCCCUCUACAUGAUUGGAACAGGGAUCUACAACAUGUCAAAUGGAAUCGGCAAAAAGGAAUAAGCAGUUUCUUCUUCUUUUUUCCUGUUUCUUUUUUAUGCUUUUUGGUUCCUCUAUGUAUCAGUGGCUGCCAUAUGCAGUAGCAGACUAAGGUUUACACUGGUCUUGUUCUUGAAGCUGUUUAUUGCGUUUUGCCAAAUAAUUGCUUAGUCACCCAGACAAUGUCGAAAGCUAAAGAUGUUUGAUGUUGUUAUAAAGUUCCAAUGAAUCAUUUGGGUUUGUUCUUU